AUGCGGAUAGUGAUAGAAGUGGAUGUGAGUGCGGAGGAGAUUCCUCUCGCGACGCAUCUCUUCAGCGCCCUCAGGGCGAUCGCGGACGAUGUGCGCGCGCGCAACUUGCGCCCCGUGUUUGAGGCGCUGAUUGCGCGCCUGCGCGACCCCGCGGAGCUAGAUUCGGAUCCUUUGGAUGCGUUCGUUGCAGCAUUCCUGCACGUGGUGUUUGAAACGGACCUGCUCGCUCAGAAGAUCAGCGUUGUGCCCUUCAUGCGUCUGGUGCCACGGUUACCCGACGCUGCCAAGGUCAAGAUGAGAGACACGCUAAUCCCCAAGAUUCUCAAGUUCCUGACGAUAAAGCGGUCGCCCGAUGCCAGCCGGGCGGAGUUUUUUGUCCAUGCUGAGGCGUUUGCCGCCCUCGUGCACCUCGAGUUUGUCUCCAUUCAGGGCGCAGUGACCACCAUCCUCACCUUGCUACGCAAGCCGGACAACCGCUGCGCUGCAGUCACCAUGCUGGGGAAGACCGUCGAGCUCUGCGCUCCCCAGGUGAGGCUCCCCUCCCCAUCCCUCAUGUUCCCCAGAGGUGAGACUAACAUCCCUCCCCCAUGUGCUCUUGAGAUAAGAACACUCCCCAAUGACCUCGGCAACAUGGAGAAGCUGAGAGCCUGUUGCAAUGCCACCCCUUUCUGCUUCUCCCACGCCUUCUUUUGA